UGACUCAGUUUCAAAUGAUAUUUACACUUAUUUUUAUUGUUCUCGCCGAUUUGAUUACAAUUAGUCAGCAAUCAGUGUUGAAUGAGGAUCAUAAUGAAAACGAUCCUUCGUCGGAAGAUGAGUUCCCGUUAAUCCCUAUGAUCUUCAAUGGGACCUCAGUUGAAACUGAUUCUCGUGAAUUUAAAUACUAUGUUUCAAUUCAUCAUCAAGUUAAUGGUGAAUUGGACUUAGUUUGUGGCGGAAUAAUUUACAAACCAACAAUUAUAAUUAGCUCGUCAGUUUGUGUGGAUGGAUUAGAGUUUGAUAAGACCUUCAUCAGACCAAAUUACGACAAUUCAAUUAAAUUGUUGGACAUUGAGAAAUAUUUUCCAGUGAAAGAAAUAGUUUUUCAUCUUAAUCCUCAUGGUUACAUUGAUUAUGAUUACGAUAUUUGUUUGAUACAAUUAACUAAGCCAAUUCAAUUUGACGAUUCUAUUGGACCGAUUAACUUACCUGAUGAACAAUAUGAACCAGGUAUCGAUUUAGUUACCAUGGGAUUUGGUGAGAUCGACCGACUGACUCCAACUUUGGAACUAAAAAAAAUAACGUUAACCCUUCGAUCUGACGAUUAUUGUGAUCAGAGAAUAAAUGAUUUCCUACCAACUCUUACAAUCUGCGCUGGAAUCGAGGCUCUCGGAGGUGCUUGUCUCGGCGACGGAGGUGGACCUUUGGUUCACAUUGAAAACGAUCGACAUAUUCUAGUUGGAAUCAUUUCCUCCGGGUUCGAAUGUGGCUCUCGAAUUAAACCAAACGUUUUCGUGAACGUUUUCCAUUUCGUCGAUUGGAUUAAAGAGCAAUCAGAAAAUCUAAUAGAUCAAAAACAUUAUCACUAAUUGUUGAUAAUCUCUGCAAAUUAACUCAACUACGAAUUAUUAUCAAUAUUAGAAUCCAGAUCGAUUGAAAUUCAAUAUCAAUUAGUAAACAUUCAAUAAGAAACUAGAUCGAAUUUCAACAAACUCUAAUAACCAUCAUGAUUGAAGAUAGAAAAUUUUCUCUUAAUUUACAAUUUUCAUCAUCUUAUUUUCUUGC